AUGGGCGACUUCCUCAGCGUCACUUCGUGGCACAGAGCCGAUGGAUUCGUCAUCACCCGAAGCCUAUACGGAGAUCGCUACCUGAUCACCUCUUCUGGCGAUCUAUACAUCCAAGAAAGUCAGAAGAUGGACACGGAGGACAUGAGGAAGUUCAGCUGUCAAGUCGAAGAUCAAUUCAACAAGCGGCGAUCGACAUCAACGAAUUUUGUGAAGCUGAUGAUUCUCGAACCGGUUCAGAGUCAGGUUCCGGUGGUCUCUUACCACAGUAAGAAAGUCGUCACCGAGGUGGGCAAGGUGACUCAUCUCGUGUGUCUUUCCGAAGGAUUCCCCGUUCCCAGUUACCGGUGGUAUCGCAAGAAAGACGACAAAACCAUUCCAAUUACCUCGCCGACCAUCGAGCAGAUGCGCGGAGUGCUUCAAUUCAACGCGCCCGAGGUUCAUGAUACAGGAAAUUAUGUCUGCGUGGUGUACAAUGACGUUGGAGAGACCCAAGUCACGAUGAAGCUUAUCGUUAGAGGCAACCAGCUGCUUACAAUAUCCCCAAGCUUCUUGCGAAUCGAGAGCGGACACACCGCCUCGUUUUACUGCAACGUCACCGCCAUGUUUGACCCAAUGGACACGGAUGACUUCGGCGUCGAGUGGAGACGCAACGGCGAACGUCUCACUUCGUCGGGGCGGAUCAAAGAAACAACGCGAUACUCGCUCCAAAUCAACGGCGUCACUCGUCUUGAUCAGGGAAUGUAUCAAUGCUUCGUCAGUGACAAAACUGGCUGGCUCCAAGCUACUGCUGAGCUCCACAUCGGAGAACAAGCGCCGACCCUGACAUCCGUGUUCCGUGAGCAAACGAUUCGGCCAGGAAACUUCAUCUCCCUGAAGUGCGUGGCGUCCGGAGAUCCCCUUCCAACUAUUAGUUGGCGGCUCGAUGGUUUUUGGAAGCUCGAUAACGGGCCCCGAAUUCGAGUCCGCAGCUUUGAAACUCAGAUACCUGGAGAAGUGGUCAGCUUCCUCAACAUCUCGCUCGUAGAGGUGAGGGAUUCCGGAGCUUACGAGUGCAUUGCAAGCAACUACGUAGGAAGCACGAGCCACAGCGCAAGAUUCAACGUAUACGGCUCGCUGUUCACGCGGCAAACCUUGACCAACAUGACUGCCCUAGUCGGAAGCACAUUCCAGCUGCAGUGUCCUUUCGGGGGUUACCCCUUCGACUCUGUUAGUUGGUCAUUAGAUGGUAAUCGCCUGCCGGUUAGCCAGAGGCAGGUAGUGCACACCCAAAAUGGGACUCUCCUAAUUCACGGGGUGGAUAGGGACGCCGAUCAGGGACGGUACCAGUGUACGGUGCAGAGCGGCGACAAGAACCACCAGGUCCGCCACACUAUCACGGUUACAGUCAAAUCCGGCCCACAGAUUACACCGUUCAGCUUCCUGCCCAACCUUCAGGAGGGGAUGAGGGCAGGCAUUUCGUGUUUGGUGCAUUCUGGCGAUCCCCCCGUAGACAUCACGUGGUACAAAGAUGGACAGCUCAUUCCUCAGCAUGACACCCCGGAGAUGGCUUUUCUCGGCUCCGAUGACGGUUUCCUGUCAUCGCUCACUUUGAAGAAGCUUACCUCGAAGCACAAUGGGAACUACACCUGCAGAGCUACUAACGACUAUGCUUACGCUGAACACAGUACCCAGCUAGUGGUCAAGGUUGUCCCGAAAUGGCGCGUCGAGCCUCGGGACACAAUCGCCAUUACCGGACGCAGCGUUUCAAUCGAUUGCCAAGCCACCGGGGUGCCGCAGCCUCACAUCCGCUGGAAGAGCGCGUCAGAACCGAAAUCAGAUACCUCAACGGCGCAGUACAAGACGAUUAUAAGUAAUUCGCAUAUUCACAUCCUCAUGAACGGCACUUUGACGAUCCGAUCUGUCGAAGCCAGGGACGGAGGAUUAUAUCUCUGCGAAGCCAACAACGGCGUCGGCUCAGGAGUUAGCAGAGUUAUCAGACUCUCUGUAAAAAGUGCUCCUCAAUUCGACUCGAAGCAGAGUCGAGUUUCGGCUAAACGCGGCUCAUCAGCCGUCCUCGAAUGCAAAGUGAAAGGAGACGCGCCGAUAAUUUUCCACUGGUUUAAAGACGGCCAGCCAGUCGAUUUAGGCAAACACACCCGCUACGCUCAGACCAUGACGGACCGCAUCGGCGAGUUCUCGCUCUCGCAAGUUACAGUGUCUUCAGUGGAACGAACCGACAACGCCCUGUUCACCUGUCAGGCCAGCAACGAAUACGGCACCGACAGCACCAACGUGAAACUCAUCGUACAAGAUGCGCCCGACUCACCGAGUUCGCUUGAAGUCAAGGAAUUGGGAUCGAGGCAGAUCCAACUGUCGUGGAAUCUCCCAUUCACCGGGAACUCUCCCAUUUCCCAAUGCAUGGUGCAAUGGCGAUCCGACAACGGAUUGUGGCACGAUUCGGCCACUGUAGGCGGCGACGAACGAGUCGCCACGAUCCGGAGCUUGAAGCCGACAACGAAAUACUGGUUUAAAGUAAGAUGUCAAAACAUGUUCGGAGUCAGCGAGUUCAGCAAGGAAUACGAAGUUGUCACCUCGGAGGAACCUCCACGGAUGCCGCCGCAAUCAGUGAAACUACAGGCCUUGAACACCCAUGCCAUUUCUAUCGCAUUCGACACACCACACGGAACCGAAGACGAAGGGAAAGUUGAAGGCUACUACAUCGGCUAUCGUGUUACGACCCUGGAUAACAACAACCCCCAAUACAACUUCAAGACGUUCAGCCUCCUGCCCGAGUACGUGAAGCCUCGAGUUACGUUCGAGUUGGAUGGUCUCCGGAAGAACACCGAAUACACAAUCCACGUACAGCCCUUCAACGCCAAGGGUGCGGGACCUUCUUCUGCGAAUUUCAAGGUCAAGACCCUAGAAUUCGAUCCUCCAAACCCACCGAAAGUCACCGUGACGUCGACCACAUCGAAGUCGAUCACCAUUUCCUGGGAGGACGGAGAGCGCGCCAACCAGCUCGAAGCGGGACCCAUUAGAGGCUACUACAUCUACUAUCGUGCGGAUAACGAGGAAUGGCAUGAGGUGGCUGUCACGGGAGAAAGACGCAGCUUCACUUUGACCGACCUAAGAUGCGGUACGCAGUAUCACGUGUACAUGAGAGCCAGCAAUUCGGCCGGCAAGGGUCCCGAAGGUUCCACUAUCUCCGCGAGGACAAACGGGGGCCGAGCCAUCCUCCCGGAUGAACAGCUUCUCCUCGAGACGAACUCGACUUUCGUUCAACUGCACCUAGACGCCUGGGGCCAUGGCGGAUGUCCCAUUUCGUACUUCGUCGUCCAGUACAAGGAAGAAGGCAAACGGGACUGGAUACUCUACUCAAACAACGUCCUGAUGCCCCCUCCGGGUCAGCAUCAAGCAUUUACGAUAGGCGAACUCCUGCCGGGCUCUUGGUAUGGUCUGCUAAUGUCUGCUCACAACGAUGCCGGCGAAACUCAGGUCGAAAUCAGUUUCGCAACUCUGACCUUAAAUGGAGAAUUGCCUCCCCGUCGCUCGGAAGUUCGUGGUGUCGUAUCGCCAGGCGUCUACACUCAUCUCACAGUAACACUGCCAAUCUUCAGCUGCAUUCUAGUGAUCGCAGGUGUUUGUGCAGCCGUUUGUUUUAUCGCACGGAAGAAAGCCUUCAGCGACGUGAACCACGGCGAAGGCGAUAACUCGAUGUACGAGCAGUCGAAAUGCGACGGCAUUUACCAGACGGUCAACCGGCAGACGGCCGAGCCCAUUUACUAUCCAGCGCCAGGAAUGGGCGAACGCAGCUCUUCGGGAGACAUCCUCGGUAGAUCGGCUGGUGGUAGAAUGUUCGCCGCGACGGGUUACGAUGUGCCGCAACCUCACCGCACUUACGAGAUGCCCUAUCUCAACAAACGUUGCCUUCAAGCCAAGACCGACCAAGGUCAGACCAUGAUGCAGACUUGUCUUCAAUCAGGACAAGCAAUCGUAGGACAUACGGGAACGUUAUCGAAAUGUGCGAUGAUUCAGCCAGGGAGCGCGACACUGGGAAGAGCCACCAAGCUCAUGGCGGGGGCUCACCCUCACGUCGUCCCAGGGGCCAGCUCACCUCAGCAUCACUGGAGGAACACAGCAACUCUUUCCAAACAGGCCACAAUGCAACAGCAGCCUAUGUGUUCCAAUCUGAAGUCGAGUCAAACUCUUCAAGUGCGCGAUGGGUACGUGCCGACCAGCUCGCAACCUACCUUUGACCAAGCUUCGGAGAGUGAUGAAGACAUCGACGAGCUGAAGAUGCGCGCGUCCGAGUUCAGGGUCGCCACACUGAAACGUGGCUCUCUAGGAAUGUGGAAAGCCGCCGAAGGAUUCGAUACGUAG